AUGAGCCCCGAGACCUUUGCCCUGCGUUGUGUUGCGGAGAAGUCGUACCUGCUCAACGGCUCCUGCUGGCGCCGCCGCGCCAAGAGGCCCUUCCCCUGCCUGAACCGACAGAGUUCGGAGCCCACCGAACCCUUGAUGCUGGAGGACUGCGACGAAGGCAAGUCUUCCUUCUCUGAGGGAGAUGUCACCCGAGGCUUUGACGAAGGCACUGGCUGGUUGCGUCUCAUGGACGGGUCAUUCCUGCCACUGCUUCUGCGCUUGGAUGAAACACGGCUGGUGCCAGCACUGACCCUGUGGAAUGGACCCUCCUUGAAAUGUGGACAGCUCGUGAGGACUCGAGAGGCCUUCGUGCAGAGCAGAGCAACCGUGCCGCCCGGGUGCGUGGGCCUGGUGCGGCGCAUCGAAGAGGAGGACUGUGCCACGGUGGACUUCGAAGGGCAAGAUCGCCGUGUGCGUGUCACGGGCCCUGCCUUUUUCAAGCUGCAGCUGUUGCCCUACGUCACGAUCAUGGAGGAGCCCAAGGGUGUGCCGAAGCAGGGGACGGUGGUGAAGUGGAGAAAGAAGGAGCAAUGUGGAGAGGUGGUCCAUGACGGGGCAGGAUCCUAUUCGAGUCUCCUCUUUCGGGUCCACCUCCCGGACGGGAGCAAGAGCAUCAAGCUGUCCGAGCGAAGGGGCCUCCGCGAGAUCGCCCUGCCGCCCACGGCCGCCGAGCUGGGGACCUUCGUGCGGCUCAAGGAGGCGGCGGACGAUGCAGGCUGCGGCCCACUGGGACGCGCCUCCGUGUUGGUUGAGGCCGCGCCACAAUGUUGGUUGGUUGAGGGCGCCCGCCCGCACCACCUGCACUGCCGACGCCGUGAUUUGCAACUGCGUGGCCAGCCGUCAAAGAUCGUCGAAUUUAAAACACAUGCUUGGCACCGUGCUCGCAAUCCCAGAUGUCGAAUCACCCAUCGACGUAAUGUCCAACCAUGGACCAUAGCAAUUGAAAGUUGGCGUUGCAGAAUGUCUUGA